AUGAUCCAAAUCGCUCGGUCUUCCGUCCUGCGGGCUGCCCGCUCGCAGAUCUACACUGCCCGCACUCUGACGUCGCCCACUUCCUCGGCGCUCGCCCGUCUUCUCUCGACCCUCGCCGUUCUCGAGCAGCGCGAUGGCAAGCUGCAGAACUCCUCCCUCUCCGCAAUUGCUGCGGCUCAGAAGCUCGGUGGCCCGGUAACGGCUUUCCUGGCUGGUACCGGUGUCAAGGGUACCUCUGCUGCUGAGGCGGCGAAGAUCAAGGGCCUUGACAAGGUUGUUGCUGUGGAGAGCGAUGCUUAUGAGAAGGGUCUUCCCGAGAACUACGCCCCUCUCCUCGUCGAGAACAUCAAGAAGGGCGAAUACACCCACAUUGUCGCCGGCCACUCGGCCUUCGGCAAGAGCCUUCUCCCCCGCGUCGCUGCUCUCCUGGACGUGCAGCAGGUCUCUGAUAUCACCGGAAUCGAGAGCGAAGACACUUUCGUGCGCCCCAUCUACGCUGGUAACGCCAUCCUGACCGUCCAGUCAACGGACAACAUCAAGGUUAUCACCGUGCGAGGCACCGCCUUCCAGGGCGUCGAGACCGAGGGUGGUUCCGCUGAGAUCGUCGACGGCGUGGACUCCAACGCUCCCGCCCCGACCGAAUGGGUGUCCGAGGAGCUGGCCAAGUCCGAGCGUCCCGACCUCGCGACCGCUACCCGUGUUGUCUCCGGUGGUCGUGGUCUGAAGUCCAAGGAGGAGUUUGACCGCAUCAUGCAGCCCCUCGCCGACUCCCUCGGCGCUGCCAUUGGUGCCUCUCGUGCCGCUGUCGACAGCGGCUUCGCCGAUAACAGUCUGCAGGUUGGCCAGACUGGUAAGAACGUCGCUCCUCAGCUCUACCUGUGCGCUGGUAUCUCCGGUGCUAUCCAGCACUUGGCUGGUAUGAAAGACAGCAAGGUUAUUGCUGCUAUUAACAAGGAUCCUGAGGCUCCCAUCUUCCAGGUUGCGGAUGUUGGUCUCGUUGGUGAUCUGUUCGAGAAGGUGCCCGAGCUGACUGAGAAGUUGAAGAGCGCUUAA